GCCGGGCGGUGUCGGCGGGCGGACGGCGCGGUGCCUCCGGGCUCGUCGUCGGUGGCGCUGGGGAUGCGGCAUGGCCGAGGCGCCCGCACUCCCGCAUCGCACCACCGGCUCCACGCUGCUACACCCGCUGAGCGCCCUGCUCGGCAUCCCGCUGGACCAGAUAAAUUUUGUAGCCUGUCAACUAUUUGCCCUUUUGGCUGCCUUUUGGUUUCGUAUUUACUUGGGUCCCAGUCAUGCCAGCUCUGCAGUUCGCCAUGCAUUUGCCACCCUCUUUGGAAUAUACUUUGCUGUCUUCUGCUUUGGGUGGUAUUCCAUUCAUCUUUUUGUCCUGGUGCUGAUGAAUUAUGGCAUUAUGAAUUUGGCGAGUAUUCCCAACAUCCACAGCUGGCUUCUGAUGUAAGGGAUGCUAACUGGUGUGGUCCUGACCCAUCUCAAGCUCAUGAAAUGUACUCCUUUGUUGUAGCUAUGGGAUACCUCACCUUGUGCCACAUAAGCCGAAUAUACAUAUUUCAUUAUGGUAUUCUGACUACAGAUUUUUCUGGUCCGCUGAUGAUAAUUACACAGAAGAUCACAACACUUGCAUGCCAACUACAUGAUGGAAUAGGGAGACAAGCUGAGGAACUUACUGCCGAGCAAAAUCGACUUGCUGUGAAGACAAGACCUUCCUUACUGGAGUAUUUAAGCUAUCUCCUCAAUUUUAUGAGCAUCAUAGCUGGACCUUGCAGCAAUUAUAAGGAUUACAUAGCUUUCAUUGAAGGGAGGCAUGUGCACAUGAAACUAUUAGAAGUGAACUGGAAGCAGAAGGGUUAUGACAGACUUCCUGAUCCUUCUCCAACUGGAGCAGUGAUGUACAAGUUGUGUAUCACACUGGUAUCUCUUGUUUUAUUCUUGACACUUACCAAGAACUUUCCUAUGGCAUAUAUUAUUGAUAAUGAAUUUCUUGAUAAAACGCCCUUCUUAACAAGACUUGGUUACCUGUAUGUUGUGACACAGUCUGCAAAACCAAAGUAUUACUUUGCAUGGACGUUAGCAGAUGCAGUCAACAAUGCAGCUGGGUAUGGAUUCAGUGGAGUUGACGAAAAAGGUGCUUUCCGCUGGGACCUGUUGUCCAACUUAAAUAUCUGGAAUAUUGAGACUGCAACAAGUUUUAAAAUGUACCUUGAAAACUGGAAUAUUCAGACAGCUGCCUGGCUAAAACGUGUUUGUUAUGACAGAGCUCCGUGGUAUCCUACUGCUUUAACAUUCAUCCUGUCGGCCCUGUGGCAUGGUAUCUAUCCUGGAUAUUAUUUUACGUUUCUCACUGGAAUCCUUAUCACACUCGCAGCCAGAGCAAUAAGAAACACUUGCAGACAUUACUUCCUCUCAUCAGUGCCUCUCAAGAUGGCCUAUGAUGUUGCUACCUGGGUUGUCACACAGCUGGCGGUGUGCUAUACUGUUGCACCCUUUGUGAUGCUGGCUGUUGAGCCCACAAUUAAGUUUUACAAGUCUAUGUAUUUUCACAUGCACAUUCUAAGCAUCUUGGUUUUGCUUUUAUUACCAAUCAGACCUCGAACGCACUCUGUAAGAAAACCUCAAAAUCAGGCCAACCAGAACUCUGUUAAAAGCAAAGACAAAUGAUAUCUCCAAAGGAAAUUGCCAACACUGGGAAACGAUCUGUCAUAAUGGAAACAAAGAAGAAGACGGGAGCGACGGGAGUUGAAAUACAAGUGGCAUUUAUAUAGGUUAUCUUAAAAUCUUACUGGACAAGGCAGAAGAGAGCCUGAAAGACUGCAUUUCAAAUGACUCCAGUUAACAGAGAUUUACAGGCUAUGUUUACAGGCUCAUGGGGCAUUUUGAUUUUUUAAGUAUUUUUAUGAAAUGUUUUUUAUAUAUUUAAACUUUUUCACACAGAGAGGCAUUUUUGCCCUUUUACAGAAACAUACAAUUAUUAAUCAAGAAUCUGGUGAUUAAAGGGACAGGAAGCAGGAAUCACAGCGUUAAAUCUGCUGCCUGAUAGUCUGGUGCUGGGAUGGCUGACAGGAGGGCUUCUCAUAUCUUGUCUCAAUAGGGAGAUGGCAUGAUGACAUGGUUUUGGAGCAGAAGGGCAAAAGUUCGCUUGAUCUUGAUUUUCAGUACGAAUACAGAACGUGAAAGUGGGGCCUCACGAUCCUUCCGACACACGAGCAAAAAACUACAGAAAGGAGGAGCUCAGUAUGCUGUUGCUGCCUUCUUCCUGCUCUCCGGGCAGGGCAAACCCAGAAGUGCAAGGGCUGCAGCCUGAGCUCAGUGGCAGGGGUAUUUCAAAUCCCUUCAAGUGGCACCUGCUGGCAUGAGGGUAAGUCCCUUGGGAAUAGAUGUCUGGGAACACUGUCAUCUGUCCAGACCAACGUCUAAAAUCAAAUCAAAAGAAAAGAGUAGCAAAGGAAUUAAUACAAACCCUGUAGAGUUGGGCUUCAGUAAUGACGCAGCUGGUACUCAUUGCUACAUCAGCAUUACUUUGCAGUUUUACAGUGAUGCAGCCCUUCCAUUUCAGUAUGAAAAUAACUGAGAAGCAAUGCAAGUUUUGAGUUCCAGGGCUCACAGUUACGAGUUAAAUCUAAAAAGGGUUUAUAAUUGAUCAGACUGUUCUAUUCAAAAACCUCCUUUCUUGUGGAGGGGUUACUUUCCAGCAUGGCAACACUAAAACAAGAUCUAAACAGUAAUUAUCUUAGGAAUCAUAACUAAUUCAGUACAAGAUAAAGAUUUUGAUGGGUUCUGAGCAUCACAGGAGUCACAACCAAGUCCUUGUGUGAUCUCAGCAAGUGACUGAGCCUUUCAGUGCAGGUUUCCCUGCUUAUGAAGUCCCUAGCUUACAGAGACGCGAGGUUUCCUUCUUAAGGGCUUGUAGCGCUUUGGGAUGACUUGCCUCAAGGUCUUUUUAUUAUUGUUUGUUUGUUUGUACACACUUACCCAGGAAAAACAAAAACAGGCUGACAGCACGCAUCAAAACAAGCAUAAACAAACAAGCAAACAAAACAAAACUUUUCCAGGAAUAUUUUUCUCAGGAUUUUGUAGCAGCACUUCCCUUGUUAAAGUAUUGGUACUUCUUGAUCAUGUAACCAACAUGAUUGAGAGAAGAAUCUGCUGUUUACUGCACUCUGUUAUUCAUGGCAGAUGAAAAUUGUGCAGAGUCCUAAUGUUUUGGGAGGAAACAAAUCAAUGAAACCAGAAUGAGGGUUAAAAAGUGUUUGAUCUUCUUUUCUCUGGUGGGAAGAUUUUGUCCUGUGAUCACCUCAUGAUUUAGAGAUUUUAUUUGCUAAUUUAUUUGGAAGGCGAGAUGGUAUUAAAAGAUUGUUCUGAAUAAACAAACUGCUUUGUGUCACUG